AUGGAAAAAGUGCAAAUAUUUAGACGUAGUGCUUGUAUUAUUGUCUUGGGUGAUAUUGGCCGAAGUCCUCGGAUGCAAUACCAUGCAGUUAGCUUAUUAGAGAAAAAUUACAAUGUAGAUUUCGUAGGAUAUACGGAAACAAAACCAUUAGAGGAAUUAUCAACAGCUGAACCACAAUGCAAAAUACAUGAACUGACACCAGUUCCGGUGACUAAUCUAACUCCCAUAUUAAAAUUAAUUUUUAAAACAAUUUGGCAGACUUUAAGCCUAAUGGUUGCUUUAGUCGCGAUAAGAAGGCCAAAUUUCCUGCUUGUGCAAAAUCCUCCAGGAAUACCAACUUUAGUUGUAAGUUAUUUGUAUUGUGUAUUAACACGUACUCGGUUAAUUAUAGAUUGGCAUAAUUACACAUAUACAAUAUUGGGGCUUGGUAUACGAGAUGGGGAGAAAAGUAGAAUUUGUCGUAUAGCAAAAUGGAUUGAGAAGUGGUUUGGGAGUAAAGCUGACGCCAAUUUUUGCGUCACAAAGGCUAUGAAGGAUGAUUUAAAUGACAACUGGGGUAUUAGAAAUAUAACUGUGCUGUAUGAUAGACCUCCAUCCCAGUUCCACCCAAUUGAUUUGGUUGCAAAACACGAUUUAUUUAUGAAACUUUCUAAGGAUUAUCCACAAUUUCUGCCGAAGUGUUAUGAUGAUCUAAAAGAGUCCGGUGUAUUAGAAUCAACAGCAUUAACCCAAAAACUAAGUAAUGGCAUAGUUCUUUACAAACCACAGAGAAUGGCCAUAUUAGUUUCAUCCACUAGUUGGACACCAGAUGAAGAUUUUGGCAUACUAUUAAAUGCAUUGCAUGUUUAUGAAAAAGAGGCUUCAGCUUAUCCGGAGAAAUUUCCCUUUUUACUGUGCAUUAUAACGGGGAAAGGACCCCAAAAGGUGGAAUAUCAGAAACAGAUAGACAACUUAAAUUACGCUAAAGUUGCUAUAAUUACUCCUUGGCUUGAAACACAGGAUUAUCCCUUAAUAUUAGGUGCUGCAGAUUUAGGCGUUUGCUUACAUUGGAGUUCAAGCGGAUUGGAUUUGCCCAUGAAAAUUGUAGACAUGUUUGGUUGUGGUCUACCAGUAUGCGCAUACAAUUUUAAAUGCCUUGAUGAGUUGGUACAUCCGGGCCAAAAUGGUUUUAUCUUUGAAAGUCACCAGGAACUCGCUCGACAACUAAUAUUUUGGUUUGAAAACUUUCCUAAUAAUUCAAGCCUGCUGGAAUCAAAAGAAUUAUUUCGAAAAAACUUCGAAACAUUCCAGUGCCUGAGAUGGCAUGAAAAUUGGAUGUCCAAUGCAUUGCCAAUAUUUGAUUCAUUUGUAUGAAAUAAAAUUAUUUUCUUUAA